ACAACGCGAGCUGCGCCACAAGUACGGCACCCCGGAAAGCGACAAGAGCCGCUCCAAAUCUCCGGCCAACAACAGUUCGGACGACGACGCGCCCUCGACCAAGGAAGUGUCCCCACCGCCCAAACCACCACCUCAGGCUCCCUCUUCCUCCUCCUCCUCCUCUUAUCAGCACCAACCAUCUUCGUCGGCAAGUUACAGCAGCGCGAGUGCCGUCGUGAUCGAGCGCAAACCCAUGCUGCGCCGCAUCGGUGGCCACACCGAGUCGUCCCGAUCGCCGAGCCAGGUUCGCGGCGUUCGGCGGCCACACUCGCGCAGUCGGUCCGGUUCGCGGUCGUCGACUACGGUCAGGGCUAGCACCAGAAGCGCUACUGCUGCAGCGUCUUCGUCCAGCAGUCGACGGCCGCCGCCGCAGAUAUCGUACGAUGACAGACCCCGGCGAAGAUCGCCACUGCCGUCGUCGCAGGCCUCCUCCAGGCAACGUUACCGAUCUCGGUCGCGAUCACGCGAGCGAGACCGGGGCGGGCGUCACGGCGGUGGUGGAGGUCGUUCGACGCGGGAUUAUGACCGGGGCGGGGACAGUGGCCGUGGGGGAUAUUAUCGGCGUAGGUCGCGAUCGAGGACGCGCCGAUCCCGGUCCAAGUCACGAAGCAAAACCAGUACCGGUAGUUCCAAUCGCAGGGACCGAUCGCCUAAAGUAGUGAAAAAACUCGUUGACUAUUGAUACUGAUAUCGUGUGCACGCGUUACAUUUUAACCUUUUACCUUUCUUUUGCCAUAUUGUUUGGAUCGUGGGUGAAUGACGGUGUGGUGAGCAUCUUGUUAAUCUUUACUAUAAACCUUGAGUCGACAUAAUCAAUUGUGGAUUACCUCCAGUGUACACGUCACGCAUAAUAAGCAGUAAAAUUUUGAGUUACUUUUCAGGAAACAAAAA